UCAACGUCGAUCAAGUACUACAUCCUGCCUGCUAGCUUCCCAGGCCCUCGUCGAACAAUGGACAAAGCUAAACUAAUCCUGGUGUUCCUUCUGUGGAGUUUGUAUUCCUUGUCCGGGGUGAAAGCAGAUCAUAACAACGAUUCUGUCAUCAUGAUUCCUACUUUGACUGGAAUGAAGCCGGUGGGUCUCGGCGAAGUAUUGGCAGAUCAAGCCAAGGCUUUUGUCAGGGAUUUCAAUGUUUCUUUCUACCUGUUUACCCACCGGAAUCCUCAAACUCCACAAGUACUAGGUACCAAUGAUACCAAAUCCCUUAAGGACUCCAACUUUAAUCCGGAUUUCCCAACGAGAUUCAUUUGCCACGGUUGGCGUGCUAAUAACAAAUCGGAGUUGAAUAUCUUGAUACGUCAAAACUACCUAGCGCGAGGCUGCUUCAAUGUAAUUGUUAUGGACUGGAGUGAGGCCGCAGAUGACCUGAACUAUAUUCUAUCAUCAUACCGUACUGAGCCUGCUGGGAAAAAGCUUGCCAAUUUCAUAAAAUUCCUCGUUAAAAAUGCUGGUCUGGAUACGAACAAUACCUACUUAAUCGGACAUAGUCUGGGCGCCCAUGUUGUCGGCAUAGCUGGAAAACAAUUACAGGAGAAAAAGAUUAACACAAUAUUCGGUUUAGAUGCAGCCCUUCCACUAUUUCCAUAUGGUGCUGACAGUAAACGUUUGGCUAUAGGGGACGGUCAAUAUGUUGAGACCAUUCACACAGAUGGUAAAAUAUUUGGUCGACUCAAACCUAUCGGGAAUGCUUCAUUUUAUCCUAAUUAUGGGAAUAAUCAGCCAGGAUGCACCGGUCUAUUCACAACUUGUUCUCAUAAGCGAUCAUGGAUGUAUUUUGCUGAGUCCUUAGAAAUCCCAAAUGAAUUUUUUGCUUACCAAUGCAGCAGUUACUUCGGGAUACCUUUUGGAUUUUGCGUUAAAACAGGUCAAUCUGCUUUUAUGGGGGGUGAGCCUUCAAAUUACGGACGCAAUGUAGCAGGUAUAUAUUACCUACCCGUUCAUGCCAGUUAUCCUUAUGCAGUGGGGGUAUAAACAAGCCAGUGGUAAUUUUAGAAAUUUCUGUGAAGACCUCCGCAUAAAAUAUGAUGUGAUAAAUUCCAUUUGAUCUUGAAUGAAUGCAGAAAAUACUAACUUUGGUUUUCAACGAU